UAGAGUUUCCAAGGAGCAUCUGGUGGAUUCGAACUGCUGACCUUUAUGGUUAGCAGCCGUAACGCUUAACCGCUACGCCACCAGGGUUUCCCAUUCAGGGCCAUAGGUGCCUAAUUCAGUUGUCCCUAACUCCCAGGUCCUUUAACUUGUUUGUUUCUGAGAAAGAACUAUUGAUAAAGCAAGUGCAAAAAAAUGGGACGUUGGCCCUUUAAAGGUGCACUCCAGGCGGAGGUGCCUAGGUCGGAAGUCUUAGGAAGUAAGGUACAUCCGCGAGUUCCGAAAUUGUAGUUCUGGCCCUUUAAAGGUGUGUGCCAGGGAGCGGAGUCUCGAGCGGAAGUUGUAUCUAGGUCCGAAGUCCGGCAGAUAAAGGGCGGAAGUAGAGAGACCAAUGUUGUAAUCAUGGCGCAAGGAGGAGAAGAUGUGAGAGAUUACAAUUUGACUGAGAAGCAGAAGGCGGUCAAGGCCAAGUAUCCUCCAGUCAAUCGGAAGUACGAGUAUUUGGAUCAUACAGCUGAUGUCCAGUUACACGCGUGGGGAGAUACUCUGGAGGAAGCAUUUGAGCAAUGUGCAAUGGCCAUGUUUGGUUACAUGACAGAUACUGGGACUGUUGAGCCCCUCCAUACAGUAGAAGUAGAAACCCAAGGAGAUGACUUACAGUCUCUUCUGUUUCACUUUUUGGAUGAGUGGCUUUAUAAGUUCAGUGCUGAUGAGUUCUUCAUACCCCGGGAAGUGAAAGUACUCAGUAUUGAUCAAAGCAACUUCAAAUUACGGUCAAUUGGGUGGGGGGAAGAAUUUUCAUUGUCCAAGCACCCUCAGGGAACUGAAGUCAAGGCAAUAACGUACUCAGCAAUGCAGGUCUACGAUGAAGAGAACCCAGAAGUUUUUGUGAUCAUUGACAUUUAAGUUACAAAGAAAAGAGACUCCUAAGAAGAACUGUUCUUUUUCUUCCUUUUGGGAAGAUACCAUGAUUUAACUUCUACAGUAUCUGUUGAUAAAUGGAAACAUGCAGAACAAAAAAUUUUAACUUAAAGUGUGACUUUCAGAAAUAGAAAAUCAGGGUACAGCCUUGGUUAGUGUUACCCGAAUAUUCAAAUUUUAAAGAAUUCUUCAGUUGGCAAGUAUGGUCCCUCAUUUAGUAGCUCCUUGCUGUGGCAGCAGGUGCCUCACACCCUUCAUUGGAAAGCCUUCCAUUCUGGUCCCAAAAGAGAUCACUGAGGGAAGCCGUCCCUGAGAGCCCUUUGCUUCUUGGGAACUGGCAACAGGAGUCAGGACCAAGUGCCAGCACCUUGGAGCUUCAGCCUGCUCCUCCCAAGCCUCCGUGCUCUUACCAAACCCAGUUUGAAAAAAAAAAAGAAUUUGAGAAAAUACAUUUCCUAGGCCUAUAAUUUUGCUCUUCUUCCAAGUUGGUUCAGACAGAUUUAUUUUUUAUAUGUCCAUUAAGAGUUUGUGUUUUAGACUGCUAUGGGACAGAGCCAUCCAGUAUUCCAGUUGGUUUUCUUAGAAGAAAUAAGUAUACUUGAACAACUGGAAGACUUCUCUAGGAAAAGCCCUGAUUUUUUCUCUCUCAUUCACACGUUUUUUAAAGCACUAAUGUCUUGACAUGUUUCUGUUUUCCUGUAAGAAAAAUCUGAAACCUCUUAUAAAUGGGCCGCCCUUCUUCUAACAUGUAAUUUUAUUUUAAAGCUAGUAUAUUUUUAUUGUUAGAGAAGAGCAGGCGAAAUUUUUUUAUAUUUCUUUGUGUGUUUUUUUUUUUAAAUUAUCUAAGCUGUUCAUCUCUGAGGAGACAGGAGUCUAGAAACACAACUUUAAAAGAUCUGAACCUUUAAAAGUAGAUGACUUUUAAAAAAUGGAACUGCUUUAGUUUGAUUUGCAACUUUAUAUUGAUUGGUUGAGGUAUUUUUUCUUGUGAUCAAGAGUUUGCAUAGUUUGCAGUUUUUUCACAAGUACUUAGGAGAAGAUUGCCACUGGGUGGUGCCAAGUAUCAUUAUAAUAUCUGCUGAACGAGCUGAAAGGAAGAGAUUGGCUCUGAACUUUCUAAGAGCUUUUUCUGAGCACUGUAUCACUGUAUUAUUUUUCUAUGGAUGCAGUUAAGCACUUGACUAUUGGCUGAAAGGUUAGCAAUUCAAAUCCACCCAGAGGUGCCUCGGAAGACAGGCCUGGUGGUCUGCUUUUGAAACACCACAACCUUGAAAAUCGUAUGGAGCAGUUCUACCCUGCAUGCAUGAGGUCACCAUGAGUUGGAGUGGAAUCAACUUGAUGGCAGCGGACGACAACAUUUAACAGAAAGCAGAGUUGAUGAAGACUAAACCAGGAGCCUGUGGUUUGAAUAGCUGCUCUUCAAAUGAGUAUGUAGCAGGAUCACAGGAGUAGUGCUUCUUCAUUCUCGGGCACAUUUUGUAAAUUUUAAUUAUUCCUCUCCAAGCAAGAGGAGCCUUUGUACCUUUUAUUUGGACAAAUUUCCAGGCUCAGACAGAACUCUGUUUUUCAUGGACCCCUUUGCAUAUCAUGGGCUACUCCAGGGAUUGACUGUGAAAAUGAACAAUGGAAUACCAUGAGGGCAAUGGAAGAGCCAACACCAGAGUAAGAAGAGCGCUAGAAUUGGGAUAUAUUAAAGCCAAGUGGGUGUGCACUUGGAUUCUGUAUGCUUUUGAUUAGGAAAAAAAGUGUGAGUUAGCCAUAUCUCUUACCACCAGUGCUAUAUAGUGGGGUUCAAUAAAAACAAGGCAGAUGUAAUUAUGUAAUAGAGAUUAUAUUUUAUUCACAGUAAAUUUAUUACUACAUUCUAAUAUAAAUAUUAGUUUGUUAGAAUAUUUGUUUUAAUAUAUG